AACCACAAAUCCUCUCAGAAUUUGAUCUGAAACUUCCGUUGCCAGUCAAAUCGGCCUCAUGUCUCGCAGGGAUACUUAACAUUCGUAUUGGCUGUAGUUUUGAAAUCGCAACAAUCUCUCAUAAGGAAGUUUGUAUGACCCCUGUUCUUCCAAAAAAAGAAGGCAUUACAAGCUCGCCUCCUCAUCUCCUGUCCUCUCCCUCCACCCCCAACCUGCGAAUCGCCCUAAAAACUCGCAAUGCGGAAACGAGAAAUCCCAAAAUGGAAAAGGAAAUUUCUCCUCAUGCGCCAUCCACCCCGACGCGUCUCCGCCGAUGAGCAAACGAGCAGAGAGAAAAGCGGGCGAGCCAAGGCAAGAGCGCGGCGAGGCAGAGGCGGCGGCGAUGGGGACGUACAAGUGCUGCAUCUUCUUCACGCGCAGGUUCGCGCUCAGCGACGCGUCCACGCCGGAGGAUGUGCGCACGCUCUUCUCCCGCUUCUCCAGCGGCGCGCCGUACAUGGGCGUCGACGAGCUCCGCCGCUACCUCGCCGCCACGGGGGGCGCCGACGGCGACAGCGGCGGCGAUGGCGACCUGGAGGCGGCGGAGCGGAUCAUUGACCGAGCCCUUCAGGGCCGCACCCGCACCCCGCGUUUCGGGAAGCCGUCCCUCACCGUCGACGACUUCCACAACUUCCUCUUCUCCGAGGACCUCAACCCUCCCAUCCGCCACCCCAAGGUCCAUCACGACAUGAGUGCACCAUUGUCCCACUAUUUCAUAUACACUGGACAUAACUCAUAUCUUACUGGCAAUCAACUUAGCAGUGACUGUAGUGACAUUCCCAUCAUCAAGGCGCUGCAAAUAGGUGUCCGUGUAAUUGAACUAGACAUGUGGCCCAAUUCUUCGAAAGAUGACAUUGAUAUUCUUCAUGGAAGGACACUGACUGCCCCAGUAUCACUUAUCAAAUGCUUGACAUCCAUCAAAGAAUAUGCCUUUGUCGCAUCUCCCUAUCCUGUUAUUAUAACAUUAGAAGACCACCUUACAUCUGAUCUUCAAGCAAAAGUAGCUAAGAUGGUCCUCGAAGUAUUUGGAGAUAUCCUGUACUAUCCUGAAUCAAAACAUCUUCAAGAAUUUCCUUCACCGGAAGCACUAAAGGGGCGUGUCAUUCUCUCAACGAAACCCCCAAAGGAGUAUCUUGAAGCAAAGGGUGGUACUAUGAAAGAGAGAGACAUCCAGCCACAAUUUAAAAAAGGAGAAAAUGAACAAUCAGCAUGGGGUAUAGAAGUCCCUGAUAUUCAGGAUGAGAUGCAAAAUGCUGACAAGAAUCAGGAGGAUCUAUUAUACCGUGAAAGAGAUGUGGAUGAAGAUGACGAGCAGAAAAUGCGCCAACAUGCACCCCUAGAGUAUAAACACCUUAUUACUAUCAAGGCAGGAAAACCAAAGGGUUCUCUAGUUGACGCCUUAAAAAGUGACCCAGAAAAGGUUAGGCGCCUCAGUUUGAGUGAGCAAGAACUUGCAAAAGUGGCCGCACGUCAUGGUCCCAACAUAGUGAGCUUCACACAAAGAAAUCUACUGAGAAUAUACCCAAAGGGGACUCGCUUCAAUUCAUCCAACUACAAUCCGUUUCUUGGCUGGGUGCAUGGGGCUCAAAUGGUGGCAUUCAAUAUGCAGGGCUAUGGAAGAGCCCUUUGGUUGAUGCAUGGGUUUUACAAAGCCAAUGGUGGCUGCGGCUAUGUGAAAAAACCAGAUUUCUUGAUGCAAACUUGUCCAGAUGGAAAGGUUUUCGACCCGAACGCAGACCUACCUGUGAAGACAACGCUGAAGGUCAAAGUGUACAUGGGCGAUGGUUGGCAGAACGACUUUAAGCAGACACAUUUUGAUUCCUAUUCCCCUCCAGAUUUCUAUGCAAAGGUGGGCAUCGCCGGAGUUCCGUUGGACUCUGUGAUGAGGAAGACGAGGGCCGUGGAGGAUAGCUGGGUGCCGGUGUGGGAGGAGGAGUUCACAUUCCCGCUGACCGUCCCGGAGAUCGCACUGCUCCGCGUGGAGGUGCACGAGUACGACGUGAACGAGGACGACUUCGGCGGGCAGUCCGUGCUGCCGGUGUCGGAGCUGCGGCCGGGGAUCCGCGCUAUGCCGCUCUUCGACCACAUGGGGAUGAAGUUCAAGAGCGUCAGACUCCUCGUGAGCUUCGAGUUCGUCUAGCCAGCCAGCCAACCUAUCCUGUAUUCCUGUCUUGGCAGACACGUAUGUUGUAUGUUAUCAUAUCAUGCGUGUGAUAUGAUGUCAGUUUGGUAGCUAGAUUAGAUUGAUUUCUCGCAGAUGUAAGAAAUUUUGACGGAUAGAAGAACCGCAAAAGGUUUUGAGUCUCA